AUGUCGCCAAACAUGUUCGGACUUGUGUUCUUCCUCAUCGUCGCUGUUGCACAAGCAUCCCUGUUCCUUGAUGAGAAUAGCAGAGUGAUGGCUCAGCCAGAGAGUGUUGGAUCCUAUGUUACUGAUCUGGAUAAGCUGAAAAGGUCGUUUGGACGCAAUUGUAUGCUAGCCAUCUCCGGAUGCUUCACCUCGUCGCAGGCCGAACGAUAUAGAAAAUACAUGGACAAUGUGCGAUUUAUUCCGAAAUGAAUAUGAAAUUCGAAUCAUUUUUUCUUCCAUAAAACAUCUGGCUGGUUUUUUCUCGAAUCUUUAAUUUAUUAUUUUUUAUACCUCUCCUAUAUAAAAAGGCUUGUGUAUUAUGCUAGACCCUAGUUAUCUACCGUCCCAUUCUUUCUUUUUCAAACUUUUAUUGUCGUCGCUCUCGGACAACAAAAUAAUGAACCGAACUCUCCUUGUUAA